AUGGAGAAUGGCAACCAGUAUCCCACCCAGCGACCAGCUGGUCGCGAGCACAUCCCUAUCUAUCCCAAGGGAUUCAUAGCCCUCAGAAUUGUUCAACUUGUACUCGCAGUAAUGACGCUCGCUCUCUGCGCCUUUGGUGCCUAUGUCUUGCCUACUUCAGGCAAUUGUCUAAUGCUCUUUGUUUCAGUAGCAACUUUGUUCGUCACGGUCUGGCUAAUCGUUUCCGAAUACUCGAUGCCCAAGGCUUAUAACUAUUGGGCGGUAUUGGGUUUGGAAAUAUUCCUUGUGGUCUUCUGGCUCUGCGCUUUUGCCCUAUUGGCAUCAGAGGCGGCCUACAUCUUUGCUCGGUGCACUUAUUAUUCUUGCUAUGAUUGGGCAACAACUCUUUCCGCUUGCAUGUCGGCUGCGGCCGGCGUUGGUGGCCUUCAAUUCGCUCUCUUCAUCACAUCUCUAUCGAUUCACGGUGUUAUGCUCCACCGUCAUCGCAAGGCUGGCCUGCACUGCAACCCCGUCUCCUCCGGCAUUGCUCCUGUUGUUUCCAGCCAGGUUCACCACGAGAAGAACAACACCACCGUCAACGCUGCCGCCUACCAACCUGUUCACCAAGGCCAGGCUGCGCCACCCUAUGUGCAACAGCAGCAGCAACAACAGCAGCCUAUCCAUCAGCAGCAGAUGUACGCCCCGACACCAGCCCAACAAAUGCAGCCUCAACAACAACAGCCGCAGCAGCAGCCGCAGCAGUUCCACCCGCAGCCGUCUCCCACGCCUCUGAGCGCUCAGCACACCGGGGGCUCAUUUGCCCAGAUGCCACCGCAGCAGACGAACGUGCCACCCAUGCCAAAUGCUCAUGAGGUACCAGGCAACCAUUACCACCCUCAAUAA